AUGAGCAACGAUCGCUCACCCUUCUAUACGCCACGGAGACCGGCACUGCACAAGAAGUCGCGGCUCGGAUCGCUCGACACUGUCGACAUGCCGGCUUCAAAUGCCGAAUAUACAACGUCGAGGACUAACCCAGUAUCAACAACUACCUGCAUACCUUCCGGUUACCACCACAUUACGCUUACGCGUUACGUGGACAUCACGUUUGUUCCCAAACGCAGCUUCAUCGCAGUCCUGAGGAACUUCACAUCCGACGACCGAGAAAGGGAGAAGAUGGACGAGUUCAUCACGACCAAAGCGGGUGCCGAGGACUUGUACGAGUACACAUCCAAAGUCCGGCGCACCAUCGUCGAGGUCUUAGAAGAGUUCCGCAACGUCAAGAUACCCUUAACCUACGUCUUUGACGUAUUUCCAGCCCCUCGACCGCGCGAAUUCAGCAUGGCAAGCUCCGUCGCGGUACGCUUUGGUGCUCUCGCGCACGCCAACAACCCUGACCGUCUUCCAGCGGCAUCCGCGAAAGCUUCAGAUAUGCAUAGCCAUUGUGAGCUAUCGUACCAAACUACGACGGCCAAGGCGGGACAUCGCGACUACGUAUAUGUCUAG